UUUUUUUUAAUUUUAUCAGGAAAUAAUCCAUUAAAAAACCCACAAAUCUGUUGAUCUGGAUCCAUGAGCAUGGGACAUUUUCUCAGUAUCCAUCCAUCAGAGAUUCAAUUCCCAUUUGAAUUGAGGAGGCAAACUUCAUGUUCUAUGCAAUUGACCAACAAGACAGAAAAAUAUGUUGCUUUCAAGGUUAAAACAACCAACCCUAAGAAAUAUUGCGUCCGUCCCAACUCUGGUAUCGUUUUGCCAGGGAGUUCAUGCAGUGUGACCGUUGCCAUGCAAGCUCAAAAGGAGGCGCCUCCUGAGCCAUGCAGGGACAAGUUCCUUAUCCAGAGUGUUAUUGCACCUGAUGGCUUAACCAACAAAGACAUAACCCAGAAAUGGUAUGACGGCUAUUUUAACAAAGAGGAUGGCCGUGUCGUGAAGGAAUUCAAAAUGCGAGUCAUUUACAUUCCUGCUAAUCCCCCCUCUCCUGUUCCUGAAGGAUCUGAAGAGGGGACCCCUCCCAGAUCAUCUUCAGUAGAAAAUGGGAUCCAAAAUUUUGAUGAGGUAUCGAGAUCUUUAGAGGAUACUAAAGAGAAGUCAUCAGAGGCAUGGUCUGCAAUUUCGAAGUUGACUGACGAGAAAGCUUCUGCUUUGCAACAAAAUCAGAGGCUAAGACAAGAACUGGAGAUGAUGAGAAAAGAUAUUAGCAAAACUCGUUCUGGUGGCUUCUCUCUAAUGUUUGUGGUGCUAGUUGGUCUUCUUGGUGUCCUGAUUGGCUAUCUUGUUAAGAUAGCUUAGGAAGAACUCAGAACGGACUCAUAUUAAAAAUUUAAUGACUUUUAGGUCCUUGCCUUUAGUGUGUAAAAUUUGUAUCCCUGAGAAAAUGUGUUGAUCGAUCAGGUGAAUUGAUUCCGUGAUGGUUAGAUAGUCUCAAGCUUAUGUAAACUAAGGUAUUGUUAAUAAAUUUGCCGUUUCAGGUUUCGCU